AUGGGAAGUCCCGAUAACCCCCCAACCUUUCACAACAUGGACUUCCCCAGGAUGCACUAUCUGACGACUGACCCCAGACAGGCGAGUUCACCGAGGGGCUGCUUACCUCAAGGGCCAGAUCACCACUACAUGGAAGUUCGCAAGACUGAACCAACCUCCCCAGUGCCCGACCAAUCACACUGCAGCAUUUUGGAGAGAGAGAGCCAGGUGGAGGAGCGUUGCUUGGAGCAGAUGCAGUCCAUAUUGGUGGGAGAGGUCCUCAAAGAUGUGGACACUGCAUGCAAACUGCUCAACAUCACACAAGACCCAAUGAGCUGGAGCAGUCUGCAGGUGCAGAAAUGGCUGCUGUGGACAGAGCACAUGUACCACCUGCCCAGAGUCAGUGCUCUGUUCGAGGGCUUGAGAGGAGAAGACCUCUGCUUCAUGUCAGAGGUUCAGUUCAGACAGCACUCCCCUGAGUCUGGAGACAAACUCUAUGCUCACCUGGACAUCUGGAGAUCAGGUACAUGGGGAAAGAAUCAAAUGUUAUGUUUUAAACCUGUGUGGAGCUCGUGUGCAGAUGUGACGUGCAGUUAUCCAAACCAUCCCAUCCACCUGUGGCAGUUUCUCAGAGAGCUGCUCCUCAGACCUCACAACUACAGCCGCUGCAUCCGGUGGCUCAACAAGGAGAAAGGUAUCUUUAAAAUCGAGGACUCGGCUCAUGUGGCACGGCUUUGGGGCAUUAGGAAGAACCGUCCCGCCAUGAACUACGACAAACUGAGUCGCUCCAUCCGCCAGUACUACAAGAAGGGCAUCAUGAAAAAACCUGAAGUGUCCUGCAGGCUUGUCUACCAGUUUGUCAACCCCAUAUGA